GGAAACUAAUAGAGCGGUUCAUUUGAUAUAAUAGUCUGAAGUAGCCACGCGUCAAUUUGUUUGUAAAGCUUUGAUUCGGUUUUGUUAAUCUUCUGAAGAAAAGUUUGAGCUUGUUUUUUUUCGAAUGGUGGCAACAUGAGCGCCUCUGAAUCUAGGGAUGAAAACUUACAAUACACAUACCACACUAAUGCAGAAACUUCAAUACCUGAAGCCUCAGGAGGAAGUAACACUCGGGAUUGUUCUUUUGAUGCUUCAGGUGUUGCAGAUGUUACGUUGGACAAAGAUUUAGUCAGAAAACCUACUCUAUAUAAAAGACCUGAAACAAAUAUUCCUAACAUAUGUGUUGAAUCAUCGUCACAGAAUUUCAAGCAUCAUUUGAAAAAAUUACAUAUUGCUGUUAAUAAGAUUUUGGAAAAUGACCGCCUUACUAAAUAUAGAAAUCCGUCAAAAAAGAAUUUUAGAGGAAAUCAGGAGGCUUGUGAGAAAAUGUUGGAUGCCGUUAGGGAGCUUGGCUCCUUUAUUGUUCAGCGUCAAAACAUCUCUCCCAUUAGUCAUCACAUUAGACCUACUAAGGAUAUGCAGUCCCGCUUUCCUAUGAGAGUUCGAUCAAAAAGUACUACCCAUGAUGACUCAAUUAGCCAUGGACGUGAUUUAACAGUGAGGAUGGGGCAUAGUCUCAAAUCAGUCAGACGUCCUACAUCACUGACUAAAGGGUCAAAAUCUCCAAUCAAGCGUUCAGUUUCUCCUUAUCCGGUGAUUGAUACUGAAGACUCCUGUUGUUCCAAGCAUGUAGGAUAUUUUAAGGGUGUAGAUAUGUCUCAGCGUGAAACAAAAUAUAGACUUCCAGUCAAAAACGAUACCUCUAUAGCUUCAAACCAGGAAACUGAAAAUGUCCAGGCUUCAGAAGUUUUUACACAUCCAGAGAUUGCUUGUUUAGAAGCUGAAUUAUCACAUCGUGAUACAUUGAUCAAAUAUUUAUCAGAACAAUUAUUUAAAUUAUAUCAAGAUAAUGAUAGAAUAUUUGCUGAAUAUGAAUUACAAGAAGCUAAUUUAACUAAAUAUUUACGUUCAUUAAGAUCACGUUUAACUGAAACAAAUUCUAAUUUAAAUCAACAAUAUACUACUCAUAAUACUACUAAUAAUACUAAUUCUAUUCAUACUGAUUACAUAACAAAUAUUACUCAAUCAAUAUCUCAAGAUAUUAAUAUCAAUAUCACAGAUUCUAUUUUACAUCAUUUUGCUAAAGAAAUCAAUAAUAAAAUCAUAAAUCCCGGUAUAAAUAAUAAUAAUAAUGAUAAUGAUGUCAUAGUUACUAUGACUCCAAUUCAAAGAAUAAAACAAUCAUUCAUAUCUGAAUUACAAGAUCUUAAUUUAGCUACACAGAAUUUAUUAAAUUAUUGGGAAAUUAAAAAUCAUGAAAUGAAUUAUUCCACUAUAUGUCAACAAUUUUUUAAUGCAUUACUUAAUUUUUGUAUCAUUUCAAUGAAUUCUUAUCAAUUCAAUAAUCAAUUUAUUGAUCCAAAUAUAAAUGAUUUACAAAUGAAAGCAAAUCAUGCUGAACAACAAAUUAUUGAUUUAUCAAAUGAAAUCAAACAAUAUCAAAUUCAAUUAAAUCAAUUAAAUGAAAAACUUCAAAAAAAUCAAUUAAAGGAAACAAAUCAUCAUUUAUUGAUUAGUGAUUAUUUUUUAUCAUCAACAAAUUCUUCAUCUAAUAAUAAUAUAGUUAAUUAUUUGUCUGAUACAGAUCAAACUCAAUGUAUAUUAUCAUCAUCACCGUCAUCAUCAUCAUCAUUAUUAUUAUUAGAUCCAGGAUCAAGUUCUCAAAUUUAUGAAUCUAUACCAAAAAUAAAAUCAUUAGAAGAUCAAACUAUAUUCCCAUUAAAAUCGACAAUAAUGCCAAUCGAUAUUUCAACAACCACCACCACCACCACAACAACAACAAUACCGGUUUAUAAUUCGAUUAAUAAUUUACUUCAACGUUUAUGGGGAAUGUUAUCGAAAGAAUCAAAGUUAACUAGUACAGAUUUACAUAAAUCUAAAUUAUGGAUUAGUAGUAAAGAGGAUUAUGAUACAUUAUAUGAAGCAUAUAAUAUUAUUGAACAAUUUCAAUGGUAUAUACAAAAUAAUAAACUUUCAUCAUUUAAAUCAUCUAGUUUAGUUGAGUCACAAUCUUCACUGUCAACCACCACCACAACAACAACAGCAACAUAUUUUGCGCCAGAAUCAGUUGCUAUUGAAAUCAAUGGAACAAACGCAAUUGAUAAGUCUAUACCUGUUGAUGUCCCAUCAAUAACUAACCUUACAGAUCAAUCGACUAUUACUGCUUUAACUUCUAAUCAACAUAAAAUAAAAGAUAUUGAAGAGGUAAAUUUGGAAUCAUUCAAAAGGGAAGAGUUAUCUUCUUGUACAAAGUAUGAAACGAAAUCAAUUUACUUAACAGAUAUGUGUACAUCUACAAGUGAUCUGUUAACAUUGUUUAUUAAUAAAGAUCAAAAUUAUCAAUUGAAUAUACAACAGUUUAAGCAAAUGAAUGAUCAGAUAAUAUCAACAGAUGAUCUUAUUCAAACAUCAUCAUUAGAAAAAGAAGCUUUACGUGAGUUACAAAAGAAGUUUAAUUAUUUAAAAAAUUCUUAUCAUCAUUUAAUUAGUCAAUAUCAAACUUUUAAUCAAACAUUAUCUAAACAAUUAAAAUAUAUUAAUUUAGUAUUUGAUAAAUAUAAAUCUAAUAUAUCUGUUUAUAUUUCCUAUAAAUAUAAAGAUCUAUGUGAUUCAUCUAUACAAACUGAUUCUUUUAAUCAUUUGCAUAGAUUGACUGAUCCAUCCUAUAAACAAAUAUCAUUAGAUGAUAAUAAUUUAUCUGAAAUUAAAUAUUGUCAUAGUUCAUGGCCAAUAAAUGAACUAAUAUCAAAUGAAAUCAACAUUUAUAAUCAAUCUAUAUUGAAUAAUGAAUUAUUAACAAAUAAUUAUUCAAUUGAAUUAUCUCAAUUAAAACAAAAUUAUGAAAUUUUACAAUUAAAAUUACAGAAAUCUGAAAAAGAAGUAGAAAUGUUACGUAAUAAUUUAUUAGAUAUUGAAAAUUAUAUUAAAUUGACUAUAUCUAAUAAACAUUUUACUAGUUUACAAUGUCUUCUAGAUAAUGGAGAAUUAUCUGAUGUACAGUCUUUGACUAAAGCAUUUUUAAAUCAAGUCGAUACAAUAAUAUCGAAUUUCAAUCAAUAUAUACCUGAUCAAAAGAAUCAAAUUGAAUAUGAAUUACCUGAUCAAUACUUCAUUGAUGAUAAGAGUUUACCAAUUCAUAAUGCAAAACAUUUACUGGUCAAUACAGAAGAAUAUGAUCAGCAAUAUCCAAUUUAUUCAGCUGAACAAUCUCUUAUUCGACUCACUGAAUUGCAAGAAAUUUUACAACAACAAAUCAUUAGAAAGCAAAAUACUUUUGUUGAUCAAAUUGAACAGGAUAAUUAUUCAUUUAACCGAGAAAUGGAUAAAUUAUUAGAUGACAAACAUGAAAUCACGGAUUUGGAGUUGACAGAAAAGCUUCAGUCUGCGCUACAUGUUAUAUAUGAAGAGCUAUCUUUGUGUCAGCAUCUAGUAGAUAAACUUUUGAGUGAAAAAACAAAACACUGCAAACUAAUUGCUAUGCAGGCAUCACAGAUAGAAGAUUUGAACAAGGAAUUAAGACAAUAUGACUAUAAAUUAAAAGCUAUUUCACGAGGACAUAAUAUUGUCCCACAUAAUACCGAGAAGACGUAUGAAAAUAAUUGCUACGAGACAAAUGAUGAAAAGGUAAAAAGUGAAUAUUAUAAACAUCACCAUGAUCAAUAUCCUAAUUCACUUAUUGAUUCAUCUACAAAUCCAAAUAAAAACAUAAUAAAUGAACUAAAACUAACUAAUCAAACAGAGAUUGAACAAACGACUAUAAUGUCUACAUUACAGCAAGAAUAUCUAACAAUAGCCGAAAUUGAAGAAACGAAAUCCACAUUAGCUAAAGAUACACUAUCAACUUUAGAAUUUACCGAUCAGUCGACCAGGAGUCCAGUGGAGAUGACGAGAGAGAAGCUAGUGAGUUCAAGUUUGUGUGAAGAUGAGUCGAAUGUGGUUGGUCAACUGCGCGAAGAGUUGACGUCUUGUUAUGAACAGAUAGUGAAGCUGUCUAGAUCGGUGGAGGAGAGCGAUGCUUCUUUGAUGGAUGUCCGGCGUUUGUUGACUGUGAAGGAGAGUGAAGUGGCGGAUCUGAGAGAGGAGAAACGUCAUUUACGAGACGAAGUGAAUGAGUUGAGGGAGACUGUAGAGGCAGAACGACGUGAUUUGGACAUACUGCGUGCAAAUAUGGAUGUGUUUGAGAGCAAGGAAGAGGUGUCGGCGAUGUGCGUGGAGUGUCGUGGACCGAACGUUGCUGCUGCUGCUGCUGCUGUUGUUGCUGUGGAGGAGGAGUGUGUGCAGACGGAGAUUGACGACAAAGUUUUUGACCUGGUGUCGACGUUGCAGCUCGAGGUUGCCCAUCUGCGUGAGGAAAAUGCGGCGACGUUGGCGGCUCUGGAGCGUUCACAGCUCGAGUUGACCAUGAAACAGACCGAAGUGCAAGAACUGGAGUCACGUAUAAUGGUGAACGAGACAACUUGGUCGAUUCCUUGUGAUACUGUGAGAAAGGCGCCCGAUGUGGUUGUCCGUGAGUUUGCAGAGGUUGAUGACACAGACAGAGUGGAGGCAGACGUGUUUGCCGGAGUUCCUGACAGGCAGCUGGUGGAGACUGUUGCAGGCGACUCAGUGUCAGGCAUUGUGCCUGAUCGAAUGGACAGACAAACUACGGACUUGUGUGUUGAGGGCGUUUCAAACGAGGAAGCGGUCUUGCCCAUUCACGCUACUCAGAGUUGGACGAAACCGCCGAGUGAACAAGACAAUGACGAUCCCGAACUUGCCCUGUUGAAUACAGACAGCCUAAGAGCGCGAUUGAAGGAGGCCAUGAGCAGAAUUUGCGAACUUGAGGAUGCCAAGACAGAGUUGAGUGUGCGUCUGCGUGAGCUGGAGGGCGUUAUGAUGUGUGAGGAUAAGCCGAUGGAUGUGAUGCCUCUUAGUUCUCGUGUGCCUGACCGGUCGAUGAAAGUGACGGACGAAGCUGAUGCACUGUCAAAGCACAACAAAGAGCUGAUGACAGAGGUAGACUUGUUACGAAGUAAGAUUUCAGAGCGCGUGACACUGUUGGACGAUGUGUGCAUGGAGAUGGAUGAGGUCAGAGGAUCACUGGGUUUCUUGUUGAAGCAGGUGAGAGAAUUGCGUGCAGCACAUGCUGAGGCGAAUGCUGACCGCGCCGACAUGGCGAACAGAAUGAGUGAGUACGAACGGGUUUCACAUCGCCUGUGCGAAACAGUUGGUCGAUCCACGUCACCAGUGCAAGACAUCGACUAUGCACACGAAGGCUCGUCGACUGACCGUUGCACAUCAGAUGGGUUGCGAGAGGAUUUGCAGCGUGCACUGGAUACACAAUCGUUCGAGUUGGAGGCAGUCACUGAGAAACUGAAAGAAUGUGAGUCAAUGAACAAUGCCCAGAUCUGUGGGAGUGAUACCCGAACGAAACAUUUGAGCUUUAAUUUGCCCCCACCUGUUAGACAUUUUAAUUCUCGUUUCGACUUCAAUGGUAUGUUGGUUGAAAAUCCUGGUAAUCUUUCUAAUUUUAGAGAAAGUGAUCGUAAUUAUUCAAGUGAUAAGCUGUUCUCUGAAAUUCAAGCGACUUGCGAAAGUGAUCUUACUAAUUCAGACCAAUUUCUUGUAACCAGUUACAGUGAGGUAGGCAAUAAACUCGGUGAUAACGUCGUCCAUGGAAAUAAGUCAUACAUAUCGUCGAUAGUUUUAGAUGCUGCGUGUUUCAAGAUGUUAAAUCCAUCGGAUGUCGACCCUAUGAUGGUUGAUUCUACUGCAAAUGAAUCUAAGUUUACAUUUGCCACAAUUUCGUCUUCAAAAAGGGAUAAGUCACUUCAUCAAAACCGGAAUGAUGUCAAUGAAUCACAUGCUUGUCACUGUGAAGAAGUUACCGUCGUUUCGCAUGAUGACUUCUCAAAAGAUAAAAUUUCACACAUUUCGAGAAUGCCUCCGGAUUUUAAAGACGAAAAAAUGUUCAUCAGUUCUUUGAUACUACCACCACCUAGACAACCCUGCAGUAUGACAUACGCUGAGUCCGUAUCAGAUAUUCCCGUGAUGUCGCGUAGUUCAUCAAGUAAAGAACUAGAAACAGUUGAACCAUAUAGUAUGAAAUCAGAAACGCUUGUUAAAGACUGCGUGAACAACAUAGUCAAGCAUAUGGAGUGGUCUUCGAACACAAAAGCAUAUAAUGUUACAGGAUACUCAGAAGAAAUAAGUAAAACAACUAACGAACAAACGAGAAAUCAUUUGGAAAACUUCAAAGCAGACAACAUCAAAAGCAAGAAAGAAAACGAAAUCAUAAUGAUAAGAAAACAAAACGAUAAUAUAAAAGAGUACGAUAAAAAACUGGAGAAUCAAUUUUCACAACAAAACUAUCAACCGACCGACGCGUCAAAACAGGAUAACGCCAAUGAAAAUAAUAUAAAUAAAUCAACAAAAUGUGAAAAUACAGAACUGAGAUUCAUUUCAAAAGGCACGAACACACACACUGAUGACACCAAAGGCUCAGUAGCUUUCUUGUUGAAGCAGGUGAGAGAAUUGCGUGCAGCACAUGCUGAGGCGAAUGCUGACCGCGCCGACAUGGCGAACAGAAUGAGUGAGUACGAACGGGUUUCACAUCGCCUGUGCGAAACAGUUGGUCGAUCCACGUCACCAGUGCAAGACAUCGACUAUGCACACGAAGGCUCGUCGACUGACCGUUGCACAUCAGAUGGGUUGCGAGAGGAUUUGCAGCGUGCACUGGAUACACAAUCGUUCGAGUUGGAGGCAGUCACUGAGAAACUGAAAGAAUCUCUUCGUCAGGCAGUCGAACAGGCGUCAACUGCCCGAGAGGAAUUGGAGGCCUAUAGACACGAGAAGGUUUGCGCAAUGUCAGACCUGGAGGGUCGACUGUCUGCUUCUCGUGACGAGUGUUCUGCACUACGGGAUCAAGUGUGUCGGCUUGAGACAUCGAUGGAAGAGCAUUGCAACACAGUGUUGGCGAUAGCCAGUCGAGACUGGGAGUCGCGCGUAAACGAAAUUGUGAGAGAACGCGACACAGCCAUGAAAGAGUUGUUGGAACUGCGUAGUAGGUUGGAUAUGGCAGACGAUGUGGACGCCAGUUUGGCAAAAACAGUGUGCAGAAGUGACAUGGGAACUGACAUGCUAGAUCGUAUGAUUGAACGUGAUAUAGUUUUGUCAUCAGGGUUCACUAGUGAUACGAGAGAGACUGUGAGCGUGGGCGUUGGUAAAGAUGCAGAGGACGACGAGUCGAAUUGCAUGGUUGUUGACGGUUGGAGCGACUACUCCUCAGAAUGUAUACACGAGGAGCACAAGCCUAGUGUGUCGGUUGGUUCUCCGACUAGACUUAUAGUGAAGCUGUCUAGAUCGGUGGAGGAGAGCGAUGCUUCUUUGAUGGAUGUCCGGCGUUUGUUGACUGUGAAGGAGAGUGAAGUGGCGGAUCUGAGAGAGGAGAAACGUCAUUUACGAGACGAAGUGAAUGAGUUGAGGGAGACUGUAGAGGCAGAACGACGUGAUUUGGACAUACUGCGUGCAAAUAUGGAUGUGUUUGAGAGUAAGGGAAAUGUUUCUGAUAUGUGCUUACCUCGUGUUGUUUUGUCAAAUGUACAUGGUUUCUCGGAUAAUUUUGACGUCGAAGGUUCACGCGAUAUAUUCUUGCAUGAUGAACUUUCUGAUCUUAAGCAGAAAUUUUCAAGAAUCUCAAUGUCUUUAGCAUUUGCUAGCGAUUUUGUUGAUUUAUGUAUGAAGUUGCUUUCAAUGUUUGUGAAUUUACUUUUGGAUUUAUCCAGAUUUUCAAAUACCGCUUUUGAUCGUAUUUUGUGUGCCGACUUUAUAGAUCUUUUGUCAGAUGUUGUUUCUUUUUCAAAAUCUUCUAAUUUUGUUGAUGUUUUUGGUGAUUAUUCUAAUAAUUUGACAUAUUUCAGUAAUCUACAUGAAGUACUUUUAUCCGGUUGUCUAUCUUCCUGUAUUUUAUGUAAAAUCCAAAACGUUUUCCAUCAGAGCUUUAUAUGUAGUAUUUGUAUUCGUUGUAUUUCUUCUAUCCAACAUCCUGAUGUUUACAAUUACAUGUUAAAAGCACAAUAUCCUCACAUUAAUCCAAUGAAUGGUACCGAUGAUCAUGAUGUGAACGCUUCUGUUGAUUUAUUAUCUGAUCAUAAUUCUGAUACAAUUUAUCCGCAACAAUCAAUAUGUGAUAAAACUCAACAAAUUAAUCUUGAACAUCAACUUCUUAUUGCUAAAUCAGAAAUAAAUCGAUUAUCUCAUCUAUUAUAUAAUAUAAGACGAAAUACAUAUCAUAAACAAGAAGAAGUCAAAAAAGAAAACGAAGAAAAAGAAAUACAAAAGAAAUUCAAUAAUGAUACACAAUUAGAAAUUGAAAAAAUUUAUUUUGAAAAUUUAUAUUUAAUUAAACAAAAUAAUCAAUUAAUAAUAAUCAAUAAUCAAUUAUAUGAUAAAAUAUUGAAUGAAAUUACAAAAGAAUUAAUCAUAUUCAAAUCAAUAAUCAAUAAUAAUAAUAAAUCAAUAUCCAAUGAAGAAUCAAUUGAAUGUAAUCAAUAUUUUAAAUUUAUUGAUUAUUUAUUAAAUAAUCGAAAAGAAUUAAUCAAAGAAAUUAUUGAUUAUAAAAAUCAUUAUAAUUUAAUAUAUCAAUUAUUAAUUGAAGGUUUAUAUUUAAAUAAAUUAAAUAAAUUAAAACAAACUACAAAUCAAUAUUGUUAUUGGAAAAAAGUAGAAAAUAUUAUUCAUUCUAAUAAUGAUCUAAUAUCAAGAGAUAGUUCUAUAGAAAAUGAAUCCAAUGUACUUGUUCCAUCAGCAUCAUCAUCAUCAUCACCACCACCACCACAACAACAAGAGCAAGAACAAUUAUACGAAUUCAAUAAUUCUAUAUUACAAACUGGUCAUUGUUUAUUUAAUAAAAUAAAUAAAAUCCUAUCAAAAAUUGAAAAAAUUGAAAUGGAUCUAAACAAAUCAAAAUGUAUUCAACAAUUUAUUGAUUUGAAAAAAAUCAAUAAUCAAUGGAAAAUCAAUAUGAAUAUAAUAUUGAAUAAUUUAUUGAUUUUACAAAAUAAAAUUAAUAAGGAUCAUGAUAUAGCAACCACAACUACUACAACAACAACAACACCAAGAGAUAUUCUUUCAAUGACUUGUAAUCAUUUGAAUGAUGAAUUAAAUCAUCAUCAUCUUCAUCAUCAUUAUGAUUAUUCUAUAAAUAUAUUAAAUCCAAAUGAAAUUAUGCCAAUAUUUAAUAUAUUGAUUAAAGAUUUCCAAACUUAUAUCAAUAGAAUAAGUAUUAUAGAAAAUCAAUAUAAUUUAUUAAAUGAUAAAUUAAAUCAAUUAAAUAUCGAAUGUAAUAAACUUCAUAUUGAAAUGAUUCAAUUACAAUCAUCAAUUAAUAAUCAAACAACUAUCAUAGAUAACAUAGUAACUAAUAAUUUAGUUACUAUGACAAAUGAAACAAUCAAUGUAAGUAAUGAUAAUGAUAUAGAGAAUCUUUCUAUCAAUAUAAAUAUUGAAAAUAUCAUGAAAAAAAUUAAACUAUAUACAAAUCAAUUAAAUUCUAUGAGAAAACAGAUGAUACAACAAAUAGAACAAAAGAAUACUGAACAAAUCAAAACAUUAGAUGAUGAUGAUAAUAAUGAUGAUGAAGAUAAUAGUAAUGUCGAAAAUGAAGUAAAAGAAGAUAUUUACGUAUCAAAUCAAUAUAUACUUAAUAAAGAAAUAUUUUUGAACGAGAAAAGUAAAACUAUUGAAUGUAUGGAUAAUAAACAUCAGAAAGAUACUCCUAUUAUUGAUUCUACAGAUGAAAUGAUAUCACUAUUAAAUAAAGUACCUAAUCCACCUGAUAUACAUUUGAUAAGUGACGAGAAACAAUCACAUAAUUCUUUUGAUGUGAGUAGAAUAGUUGACGAAAAUUUCAAUGUGACAGAACAAAGUUUAUUGGAUAUAAGAAGAGAUUAUUCUGGUGAAUUGAAUAAUACUCCUGUUAUUGAUUCUACAAAUGAAGUGAUAUCAUUUUCAACUGAAGUACCUAUUAAAAUUGAUCAGAAACAUUCAUAUGGUUCUUCUGAUGUUAAUAGAAUAGUUCAAAAACAAAGUUUACUGGAUGUAAGAAAAGAUUAUUCUAAUGAAUUCAAAGAUUCUCCCGUUAUUGAUUCUACAGAUGAAUUGAUAUCACUAUUAAAUAAAGUACCUAUUCCACCUGAUGUACAUUUGUUAAAGGAUGAGAAACAAUCACAUAGUUCUUUUGAUGUUAGUAGAAUAGUUGAAGAAGAUUUCAAUGUCAAUGUCACAGAACAAAGUUUAUUGGAUAUAAGAAGAGAUUAUUGUAAUGAAUUCCAAGAUAUUCCUGUUAUCGAUUCUACAGAUGAAGUGAUAUCACUAUUAAAUAAAGUACCUAUUCCACCUGAUAUACAUUUGAUAAGUGACGAGAAACAAUCACAUAGUUCUUUCGAUGUGAGUAGAAUAGUUGAAGAAGAUUUCAAUGUGACAGAAACAAGUGUACUGGAUAUAAGAAGAAAUUAUUCUACUAACGAAUUAAAAGAUACUUCUGUUAUUGGUUCUACAGAUGAAGUGAUAUCAUUCUCAACUGAAGUACCUAAUACAACUGAUGUACAUUCUAUAAUUGACGAGAAACAACCACAUAGUUCUUUUGAUGUGAGUAGAAUAGUUGAAGAAGAUUUCAAUGUGACAGAACAAAGUUUAUUGGAUAUAAGAAGAGAUUAUUCUGGUGAAUUGAAAGAUACUCCUGUUAUUGAUUCUACAAAUGAAGUGAUAUCAUUUUCAACUGAAGUACCUAAUACAACUGAUGUAGAUUUUAUAAGUGACGAGAAACAAUCACCUAGUUCUUUUGAUGUUAAUAGAAUUCAUGAUAAAGAACAAUCUCAGACUAUUAUUUCAAACAAUUAUAAAAAUUCUAUUAGCAAUACUGACCAAUAUUCACUAGAAUUUGUUCUACGUUUAUUACAUUUACGUGAUACGGAACUAUUAUACAUCAUUUCAAUAAAUAAUAAAUCUGAAGAAGAAUCAAUCAACUAUAAUAAAUAUAAUCUAUCUCCAUCUAUAUUAAACAAUCAAAUUCUCAUAAAGAAACUUAAUAAAUUCUUAUAUUGGGAAAAUAUAGAUCCAAUCGAUAUAAAUAGUAUACCAAUACAUCGUAUUAAUAUCAAUAUGUUCGAAUCCAAAGAAUCUAUUGAACAACAAAUCGAUACCAUAUCAUCCAUUUCCAAGAAUCAAUUAUUUAUAAAUGUUGAAACAAUAGAAAUGACAGAUCAAUCUACUGGUCAAAUAUCUUAUCAUGAAGAUAUAGAUUGGUAUGAACAACAUUUGUAUACGUUAGUUCAAAAUGCAUUGAAUGCAUUAAAUCAAAUGAAUCAACAUUUUCUCGAAUCGAAAAAACCAUUAUUAUCUGAACACAGACAAGAAGAGUUAAUCAAUAUUUUGACGAAAUUAUUAACUACUAUCCCAAUAAACAAUAGUAUACAACAACAAACUCAUGAAAAAAGUGUUCAAAAAAUACUUCAAUCACCUCUCUCAUUUUCUCCAUGUUCAACAUCAUCAUUAUUAGAAGAACAUCCAGGAUGUACUACAACUGUUACAAGUAUCACUACAACGACAACUUCAGGAGUUACUUGUUUUAUUCAAACUCUUUCAUCUAUUACACCUACUAAUACCACUACAACUACUACAUCGUUUUCACAAUCUAAACAGAUCUCUGAAAUAUCUGAUUCAUCUAAUUUAAGUUUUACAACAAAUUUAACUUAUCCAAGACGUUCAGAAAAAGCAUCAAUAAAUGAAUUAAUUAGUUCUGUGGAUCAUUUGAGAAAUUUGCAUGAAUUACGCAGUUUAGCCAAAUAUCUUUUAGAUCAAUAUCAUAUUGUUACAUCUGAACUAGACCUUCAGUCUGAUACUAAUUGGUGUUUAAGACAGAGAUUGACAAAUGCAAACAGUCAAUUAAAUCGGUUAACAGGCUUGUUAAAUAAAAGCAGUCAAGGAUUGUCAUCGAUUGAAGAAGAUUUAAGCUUAGGAACGGACAAAACUUCAUUACGCUCAGAACAUUAUGAUGGAAUACGUUAUAAAUCACUUCAACCAACUUAUACUUUAAAUAAUUUACAAGAAAAGAAUACAACUAGUGGUCGACGUUUAAAUUUCAUUCCUUCCUCUGAUGAACAAUUGAUUAGAUCUAGUUAUUCAUCAUCUAUUCAAACAAUGGGAAAUAAAUCAAUAUUAAAAUCUAAAUCUAAAUCCAAAUCUGAAAUAUCAUCAAUGACAUCAAGAAUUAGUGAUCCUGAUUAUUUUAUAACUCAUGGAAUGUUUAUUCCAAUGAGAAUAAUGCAAUCUAUUUCAUCCCAAACGGUGAAACACAAAAAAGUAUCUUGUCUUCCACGGAACACUUUAAGUUGUGGUCCAAUUUUAAAACGUUCCCAUAAACAACAUCAUCCUUCAUUUAAUGAUGAUACAUAUCAAUCAUUAUCUAAACCAUACAGUCAUGAUAUUAGUGAUAAAUCUAUUGAAAUUAUUGGUAGAACAAUAACAUCAACACCAUUAUUAACAACAACAAUAACAAAUUCAUCUAAACAAUUAGAUAUUAAGAAUAAUAAUAAUAAUCCAACUAUAAUGAUAUCACAUUGGAAUGAAUUAGAGACAAGUCAACAAAAAUUACAUAAUAUAUCAAUGUCUAUAAUAAAAGAUUAUGAACAUUAUCCAAAUAAAUCUUCAUCUAUAUCAGUUUCUUCAACAAUGAAUAAUGAAAAUGAUAUAAUAUGUAAUGAAAAACAAUCAUUAUUACAUGAAUAUAAUAAUAAUAAUAAUAAUAGUAGUAUUCAUCAAUUACCACAGAGUUCUACAACAGCAAAGACCACCACCCCCGCCACCGCUGCCGUCACCACCACCACCACCACAACAACAACACGAAGUCGUUCAUCCUCCUCAACAUCAUCAUCUUUUUCAUUUACAAGUUUUCAUUCACAUCCUUAUUCUAAUGAAAGAAUUCCUAUAAAAUCAAGAAAAAUGAAAUUUCAUUCACGUUUUCUUAAUUUAUUUAAAUCUAAUUUUAAAAAAUGAUCAAUUUUUUUUAAUUGUUUAGUAUUACUAUUUUGUUGAAGUUAUUAUUGUUGUUGUUGUUGUUGUCGCCGUCGCCUUCGUUACCAUCAUUGUUGCCAUGACUCAACUAAGAGAAAAAGAAGAAUAGUAUAAAUGAGUAUUCUCAUUGUGUUUAAUUCAUGAUAAACUAUAUGUGUGUGUGUAUGUGUGUCACUUUUCUUUUCUUUCUUUUUCUUUUUUUUUUAAUUGUCAUACAAGUACCUGUGAUGUUCCUUGAUUGAAUUAAUUUUUGUAUUGUGUGCUAGUUUAAUACUUAAUUAUUCAAUCAUUCAUUUAUUCAUUUGAUUUCAUACUGUUUUACAUAUAGAUAAACAUUUUCUAGUUUAUUACAUUUAUUGAUUUACUCUUAUUAUUAUUAUUAUUAUCUUAUUUUUCUGCUAUAAUAUUAUAUACAUUGAUCCAUUGAAAAGAAAAGGGGGGGUUACUCUUAAAUGUGUACAGUUCUCUUCUUUGUCUCUUAUAUGAAACAGGAAUUAUCGAUUAUCAUUGUUGUUUGUUGCUGUUGUUGUUGUUGUUGCUAUGACGUAUUAUGUACUUGAUCUGAUACAUUUUCGAUCUGCUUAUCAUCAUUUUUUUUAAAACUGUAAACAUUGUAUUAUGUAAUAGAUUACAGAUAUAUGAUAAAAAUAUAAAUUCAAUGAUUUCAUUAUUAAUUAGAUGAUUCUAUUUUUUUUUUGGUUUUAUUUUUGUUGUUGUUGUUGUUGUUGUUGGAGAAUAUGAAUAGUUAUCAUGUGAACUCAUGCAUUUUGGAGUUUUUUUUCUCUUCUAUCCAACUCAACCGUCUGUUAUACCAUCCAUCCUUCAUGGUUACUAUGAUAUAGUUACUACAUAGUUACUGUGACAAUCUCAUUUUGUUCAGUUUAUUGUGUGUGUUUAUGUGUAUAACUAAAGCGCCAUUUCUAUCAUUUCAUAAUUAAUUGAUUGUAUGAAGAAGGGGGGGUAGGGUAGGGAAGUGUUCUAUAUUUCACAGCUUCUACUUCCAAUUAUAUAUAUAUUACUUCAAUCUUCUUUUUUUUCUUCAUUUAUUUAUUUAUUUUCAUAAUAUUUCACGAAUAUAUAUUUUAUUUUAUUGUUUUGUUUUGUUUAUCUUUUAUUGAAUUUUGUUUUUUGUUUAAACAAUGUUGAUAGGCAUAACGAUUAGAAAUUACAUUGUUUCUUAUUUAUACUUAUGAUCAAUGUCACUUUCAAUGCUUUACGCUGUUAAAGUGUGUAGCUAUGUCGUUUUUUUGUUCAAUGCUUAGAUCAAUAUUGCGUGUGUGUGUGUGUGUCUGUGAGAUCUUGAUCUGUUUUUUUUUUCAUUAGUUAAACAUUGACAUCAGAUCAUUGUUAUGUAACAGUUUUAGGCUGUGAAUAUAAACAUUUAUCAUCAUCAUUAUUGUUGUUACUUAUUCUUGUCAUCAUCAUCAUCAUCAUCAUUAUUUCAUUUUCAUUAUUAGUUUCAUUCGUUCAGAUUAAGUAAAUAAAUAAAAUAUCUUCUGGAUA